AUGAAUGGUCCCCCAAAACUAGUUGGGCCAUUAAUUUGGAUCCUACCAACUACGGAUGAUUGGUCACCAUUCAAACCCGCCCCCUUUGAUAAGGUAGAGGAAUCAGAAGAUGAGGAAGAAGAUUAUGAUGGGAUUUCAGAAACAUCCAUAGAUGAAGAAGAAAACAAACCGGAAGAUGGUGAAUUCCGACCUGAUUCAACUCAGGCGUUCAUGGCAAAGGACCCAACGAUGGAAGCUCAGACCAAUUCCGGCAAAACGAAACCGGCGCCGGUAGGCGACUCUCACGCUGAUGAACCGUCGGGCGCUACUAUCGAUCCUACAGUUAAUGUCGUCGGUUCUCCCAAAGCAUUGGAGUCGGUUGAAAUCCCCGAUUUCACAGCCCCUGCAUCACAGUCAACUAUAUCUCCCAUCGUUUCCCUUAUGGACCCUAAUUCAUCUUUUGGGCCUGAGAAAAAUCUUUUCCUUGGGUCAAUUGAAAACUUGGUCCCUCUCAGAUGUUUUGGGCCAUUCCCAACAAAUAAUGGCACUCCUACAUUCUCGUUUACGUCUCAGCAGGCUAAUAAAGAUGAAUUCACAUUUGAUUGUGAUCCAAUUGGUGGUAGCCCUAAAUCUAAAAAACAUAAGGCAGAAAAUCAAGAAAUACUACGAAUCAAAGAUGAUGUUGCACAACUCGAAAGGUUUGUGGAAUCUAGACAGCUAACUGAGACUGAGCUCGCGACACGCAGUCAAGGACUUCAAAGAAUCCUUGAAUUAGAAAAAUUAGCGAUUCUAGACCUGAAACAGAAAUCUCGAGUCAAAUGGGCUAUGGAGGGAGACGAAAACACUAAGUUCUUUCAUGGCUACAUAAAUGGAAAAAGCAGAAGGAACAAGAUCAAUGGGUUGAUGGUAAAUGGAAGAUGGGCUACUUCUGUGGCCGAAGUCAAGGGUGUAUCUCUACGAUUCUUCAAAAAUAAAUUCACUGAGACUCACGUUUCAAGGCCCAAGUUCACUAGUUCGUUCCUGAAAUCAAUCUCCAUGAUGGAUGCUAUUAAGUUAGAAGCACCAUUUAGUCUUGAUGAAGUGAAAGCUGCAGUAUGGGCAUAUGGUGGUAAUUGGCGGUCAUGUCCUCACGAAGCGGGUCUAACUUCAGAGCUCAAUAACCUCCAGAACGAUCUAUCUUCAGUACAACUGGUCAAUGGAGCUGACACUUGGGAGUCCUCCUUGGAUAAAGAUGGAGCUUUCAAAGUAUGUGAUCUAAGGUGGAAAGUUGAUGGUCAAUCUGGAAUAACUCAAAAUAUUCCCAUAAUCAAAUGGAGUAAGGAAGUCCUAAUCAAGGUUAACUGCUUCUUGUGGCGAGCAAUUCAACAGAGGAUUGCUUCAAUGACGGGUCUGAGAGCUAGAGGCAUUGAGACUCAAACUACUAUGUGUGGGGCAUGCAUAAACGGAGAAGAAGAUGCUGAUCAUAUUUUGGUAAGGUAUCCGUUUGCAAAAGAUGUGAGGGAUAAAAUCUUCAAUUGGUGCGGCAUACAAAAUCAAUCAUUCAAUAGCAUUGGCGAACUACUCAGAUUUGCUGCAAAUUGGGGGAGGAGUCCUAAAAUGAAAGCUCGAUUCCAUACCAUUUGCUAUGGUCUAAUUUGGAAUCUAUGGAAAUAUCGUAACGAUCGGAUGUUCAAUCAGGUGUUCAUUAGUCCUUCGUAUGGUGUUGAGCAAAUCAAAUCAAUUCUAUAUAUGUGGGUUAAAUGUAGGGGUAAAGGUGGUAUCUGUUCAUGGGCAGAAUGGUCAUCUUCACCUUUUUGUAUUUGA